CCAUGUAUAUAUGGCUCAUUGCCAAUUAGAAAUAAUCUAAUUUUGUCUUCUAGCAAUGGUGCAGUAGCAUCAUCCAUGACGAAGCGUAAUGUUGGUCUGAAACAUGGUCAAAAUGAUCCUGCCUAUGCUGGAACAAUGGCUGAGGUCAAAGAUAAAAUCAUGGAACGAUUAGGUUUAGAGCAUGGCUAUACACCGAUACCAAAACAUCGUGAUCAUUUAUUGAAAUAUGAACCAAAAGCAUCGGAUCUCGAACCACGUUCUAUGCAAGAUUCCUUCACCUCCGCCAUUUUACCACUGUCCACAGACAAGGCUCUACAAGAUCGCUAUGUUGCAUUCUUGGGUCAUGUCCGCCUAGGCCGUUUAAUGGAAGAUAUGGAUAUGUUUGCCGUUUGGGUAUGUCAUCAACAUGUUAAAUUGAAUAAUCUUCCCGAGGGUGUACCACUGCCAUAUACCUUUGUCACAAUAUUGGUGGACAAGAUUACAUUUACCAAUUUCCGAACCAAGGCAACUGAAGAUAUACGCCUUUCCGGUCAUGUCUCAUGGGUGGGUAAAAGUUCCAUGGAAAUUGUUGUGUGGCUGGAACAAAUGGAAAAUGGUGUGUGGCAUAAAAUCACCAGGGCUUUGUUCUUGAUGGUUGCCCGCAAUGCCACGAAUACUGGACCGGCUCCAGUUAAUCCCAUUAAACCGGCCACCGAAGAAGAAAAGGCGAUAAUGGAUGGUGGGAAUAUGCGUAAACAGCGAAGGCAAUUACUGCAGGCCUCUUCGAUUUUUAAAGUGGAACCCAAUGACUAUGAACAAUCGCUGAUGUAUGAACUAUUCAAGAGGACAACACCACAAACUACGAUGGAGUUAAAUUUACGUGUCCUGCCACCAAAUUGCCGCUGGAUGUCCGAGUCGUUUGUCACAAAUACAUUUGCCUCAUUUCCGGAAAAUCGUAAUGCCCACAAUAAGGUUUUCGGUGGUUUCUUGAUGCGCAACGCCUUGGAAAUCAGUUGGGUAUGCGCCAAUAUCUAUUGUAAAACCGCCAAACCAAAAAUUGAACACAUUUGUGAUAUUAGUUUUGAAAAGCCCGUCAGUGUAAAUUCUUUCAUUAAAAUGAACGCCUAUGUUGUCUAUACCGAAGUGAAUUAUUUGCAAAUAAUGACUGUGGCGGAUAUUAUUGAUUCGGUAACGGGCGAUCAAUUGACCUCAAAUGUUUUCUAUUAUACAUAUUCGGCAUCGGAACAGGUGCCCGAGGUAUUGCCAAGAUCCUAUCAUGAAACUAUGUGGUAUAUUCAGGGACGCAGGAAAUUCAAAUAUGCCUUGAGUUUGGAAUAAAACCGACUGAAUGCUAC